CUUAUUAUCUCGAGAUCCCGACUUAUUAUCUCGAGAUCCCGACUUAUUAUCUCGAGAUCCCGACAUCAGUACAUAACGACCUAAUCACAGUGAUGGAGGACACCCACCCAUGGGGUAGAUAUAUAGAUUUUUAUUUCGAGCUUGGGCUUGAGUAUAAACACAUUAAAUCAGUGCUUGACAGCAGACAUGGAUUUAGUAUUAGUGAGAGACAUCUGAAGAGAGUUUUCAGAGCGCGGGGACUCAUUCGGCGCAAGUCCUUUUCCGACUUGGCAGUUUUGGUAGAAUUCAUUAAUAACCAGCUACAGUCCUCUGGACAGCUUCACGGUUACCGAUGGAUGUACGCUAAAUGCAGAGAGCAUGGACUUCGUGUGAGAAAAGAAGAUGUGCGCUUUGUGUUGAAGGAAUUGGAUCCCCAAGGGGUGGCACUGAGGCAGGCAAGACGUCUCAGACGGAGAAAUUACUUUUCAAAGGGACCAAACUUCAUCUGGCACAUGGACUCCUACGACAAACUUAAACCAUAUGGAAUAUGCAUCAACGCAAGUAUUGAUGGGUUUUCAAGAAAAAUAAUCUGGCUUAAUGCUUACACAACAAGUAGUAAUCCAAAGGUGAUCGGGGGGUAUUACAUCGAAGCGGUGCAGCGUUUAAAUGGCUGCCCUAGAGUUGUACGUGGUGAUCUUGGAACCGAAAAUGGCCAUGUGAGAAGUUUCCAGCGUUUCCUUGUACCAACGGAACCAAACGAGACCCUUGACAGUUACCUGGAAGGAGCAAGUACAGCUAAUCAAAGAAUUGAAUAUUGGUGGCGUUUCCUUCGUAACCAGUGUGUGGAGUUCUGGUUGUCCCUUUUUGGAGACAUCAGAGACAACGGUUACUUUGAUGGUGGAUUUUUAGACAAAAACCUUCUUCAGUUUUGCUGCAUGGGGAUCAUACAGGAUGAGCUGGAUGAUACUGCCCAGGUUUGGAAUGCACACUCCAUCAGGCCAUCAAACAACAGAAAUGUCCCCAGUGGUCGACCCAAUGUGAUGUAUGCAUUACCUGAGCUCUACAGGACAAGAGACUUUCUUUGCCUUGUUGAAGAGGAACAUGUUGAAGUAUGCAAAAAUGAGUGCAUUUCUCGACUGACCAAACCAUGUGAUCCAGAUGUCUUUGACCUCUGCAACAUCCUUAUGGCAGAGUCCCAUCUGACCUUACCCACAGACGCUUACCAGGCUUUGAACUUGUAUAUGCAUCUAAGAGAGGCAAUCAUUGCAUCACUUUAAAAUGUGCUGACUGCAAGCAAGAACAUUUUUCAGCACCUUUACAAGCCCACUUAGAAUGGCAUGCAGAUGUAAACAAACUGUGUUUCUUUUCUUUCAAAAGUAUUUCAUUAUGUUCUCUAGAAGGGACAAUGAAGAAAUGUAUUGUUCAUUUGAGUUUCAUGAACUGCCAGUUUAUUCAACUGCUUCUAACCAUUUUGUAAAUAUGCAAUAUCUGUUUCAGAUCAAAAUAAACUCUGUGAAAGCAAAUAUUUACUUGUCAAACAAAGAUAAACAUAAAAGGAAAAUAAGGGUAUUUAGUAUAAAUAAUAUUUAUCUGAAAAUGUAAUUCUGUGAUCAAAACAAAAUGCUUCUUUUAAGUGAUAAACUCUGUCCUGCCAUUCUAUUUUUAAAAUAAAUGUUGCAUUAAUUAACUUUUUAAAAUUUGAAAUGCUAUAAAGAAAGGAAAAGUAUUUGAAACAAUCAACAUGAUACAAAGCAAAAUGCAUAUUUCUUGCCUCUGAAGUUAAUAAGGGUUGUAAACACAAUUAUGAACUUUUUAAAAAAUCUGUAAAAACAUCUAAAAGCUUAAACAGUAAACCUUACUGAAAGAACAAACUCUGCUUAAAGCAACAUUGCACAA